AUGUUGUUACUCCUACACCUCCUAUUCUUCUUCACUGCAUCAAGCAACCGACGAUUUGACUACCUACCACACAUCAGGCUGUGCCUUAACAGGAGAUUCCUCCUCAUCGUCCUGACUAUAAUCUGGUGCCUAAAACCCUUAUCUUUUCCUCGAUUUUCCCUAUCCCCUACCUUAUAUCAGGAGGUCGCCAAGUCAUUGCUAAGGCAACAUUACUCGUAUACACGACUCUACAUCUCGAUUGGUCCUCUUCCCCAAAACAACAUGACAAAAUUCUUCAUAGCAUCUCUCCUCUCUCUUGGUCAGCAUUGUGGCGAUAAUCAAAAUAAGUUCGCCAAUGACUGCGGGGUUGUUACGAGAAAGUUAAUUUCUAUCGAAUAUCCGACUUGGAAGAAAGUGCCAGCAAAUGAAAAGGAGAACUUAUGGUUGACCAUCAAGAAACGUUGGAAAAUCCAUGAUGAAAACCGCAAAUCAUAUGUGCUUAUGACUUGCAACCACAAGUGGAGAUCAUACAAAAAGAGGCUUAAAAAGAAAUUCUUGGUCAAUGAGAAUGAGAGAAAUCCACUUGAAAGCUACUCAUAUCUGGAAAAAACUACAUUGCAAAAGUUUAAGGAAAGAAUAUCAUCAACGGAAUUCCAGGAUAUAAGUGAGAAAGCAAGGAUGAGUUCAAUGUGUAAUACGAAUCCAGCCCGAGUAGGCCCACAUGGUUAUCGGGGCAACAAAGCUAAGUGGGAACAAGAGAAGGCAUCGGGUCAGUUGCCGUCACAGUUGUAUGAGAUAAAAAGCGAGCGUUCAUUAGAUUAUGUGUUGGGGAGAAGAUCUAAAAAUGAGUCAGGGUCAAAAAUAAUACCACCUAUCAUGGAACCCAUAGUAAAAAAGCUUAUAGAUGUCCAAAAAGAAAUAUCCGAAGGUGAUUUGUUGCUGGGUCCCGGAGAGGAUUUGUUGAGUAAGGCAAUAGGAUCGGAGCACCCUGGUCGUACCAGGGCGGUGGGGCAUGAUAUUGGCUUAAGAAAGGGGAUGCAAGGACUUGACAAAAAAAAAGAGGAAAGUCGUGGACAAAGAUGUUGUUAG